CUAUAGUUUAGGGUGACCAUACGUCCCGUAUUAUACGGGAUUGUCCCGUUUUUCCACUUUGUGUCCCGUUGUCCCGACAAAAGUUAUACGGGACGCAUUUUGUCCCGUAUUUUCAAGUAGGUCCCGUAUUAUUCCCGUUUUUCUCUUUAUUGUUAAUUUAUAAUUUUAUAAUUUUUUUUUUUUUUAUUCUACGAUAUUUUUGUAUCACAAUAUUCAAUAAAACAUCUAAUCUAUACUUAUCAGAAUUAUUUUUAGAUUCUUGUCUUAACAAUAAAUUAUUAUAAUUGCUGCGAGUUGAAAAUAGAGAACUAAUAAUGUCACAUUAUUAUCGACACGUUAAACCGACGAUUAUAAAUACUAAUGAUAUAACGAUAACGUACAAAAUGUUAUUAAUAUUAUUAUAUUGAUGUGUGACGUCGUCUACUAAAUAAGUACAAUUCCAUUCACCACAACCAGUUUGUUGUCAAAUAUAAUGUCUAUUUUUAUUUUAUAAUAUCUAUGUAAAAUUAUAAAUAUAAUUUGUUAUUAAUAUUUAUACGUGAGUGUCGAGUUCACGAUGACAUUCACAGUGUAGUCGUAGUCGUAGUGACGUAUUGACGUGUCACGUGUAGUUUAUUAAGCUUAUUUAAAAUUCAGUGUACCAUAAUACCUAAUUUGUUUUUUAAAAUGCCCAAAAGACGGUGCGUUUUUACUCCACAAUUAAAAUUAGAAUUUCCUUUUUUACAAGAUGCUGACGAAGUAGGAAAAAUAUUUUGUACCAUAUGUAAGUCAGUGUUUUCUAUAGAACAUGGUGGACGUUCAGACAUAACACAACAUGUUACAAAAGUAAAAAAACAUUUACUGGCAUUAUCAGCUGCAUCAAAACACGAAAAGGUAACUUCUUUUUUUUUAAAAAAUGAUCCGAGUGGGUCCACUGACGAAAGUAGACGUACUGCAGCACAAGAAGGGAUAUUCGCAUUUCAUACCGUGAUACACAAUCACUCAUUUCGAUCAAUGGACUGCACAUCAUCUCUUUUAAAACAAAUGUAUAAUAAAAAAUUUACAUGUGCGAGAACUAAGGCUGAAUCGAUUGUUUUAAAUGUGUUAGCUCCUUUCGCCAUGCAACAAAUUUAUAAGGAAAUAGAAAAUAUAAAUUUUGCUACAAUUAUGAUAGAUACUUCUAACCAUAAGAACCUAAAAAUCGUACCAAUUUUAAUACGUUAUUUCAAACCAAAUUCGGGAAUAUAA